AUGGCUACAUCUAGCACAGAGAGCGGUGCCACCACAUCCCUGGGACACAAGUCAGCUACUGCUGCUGCGACUGUUACUACACCAUUUAGAGUUCUCGUGACAGGCGGACUCGGAUUCGUGGGCUCCGCGAUCAUACGGGCUCUGACAGAACAACAUCCGGAAUGGGAUCUAUAUAUUCUCGACAAGGAGGCGCCGCGAUCGCACCGCAAGCCUGGUCCAGUGCUGGGCGAUAAUGUUGACGACGAGGACGACAAGCUUGAUCUCCUACGCGGUUGCAAAUUCGUGUCCCUGCAAGCGGACAUCACGGACGAGGACCAGGUGAGAAAGGCGUUUGAGCAAUCUAGGCCUCAGGUUGUUGUGCAUACUGCGGGCAUGAUUCCCGGAUUGAGCGAACGGUAG